GAAAAGCCGCGAUGCGAUCUGUAAACUGACAGACUGGCAGCCUGAUGCCGUCGAGGACACUGCGCUGCUCAGCGAGGCACUGAGCGAUAGCGUGCUUGGCAGCCGUAACUUGAGUUGGCUGGAGCGUCGUCCCAGCUCCUGUGUCUGUUGCUGCCCAAAGUGCUUUUCCCUGCAACAAGGGUCCUUUGUACCCGCAGUACUUGGUAGCCUUCUUCUGGGUUCUGUGCACGACAGGUAACCUGUGCAAAAAUGUUGCGAUACUGGGGCGAGAUCCCGGUUUCCUCCAACCAGGCCAACCGCAGCUCCUUUGACCUGCUGCAGCGUGAGUUUCGUACUGUGGAAGUCCAGGAUCCUCCACUGCACCAGCCGUCUGCGAACAAGCCCCGUCCCACCACUAUGCUGGACAUCCCCUCCGAGCCCUGCAGCCUCACCAUUCACACCAUCCAGCUCAUCCAGCACAACCGGCGGCUGCGCAGCCUCAUCGCCGCGGCUCAGGCUCAAAACCAGCAGCAAGCAGAGGGCAUAAAAACCGAAGAGAAUGAACCUCUGCCAUCUUGUCCUGCCUCCCCACCUCUCCCUGAUGACCUGCUUCCUCUGGAUAGCAAAACCCCCAAAAUGCCAUUUCAGCUGAGGCAUAGUGACCCAGAGAGUGAUUUCUACAGAGGAAAAGGGGAGCCAGUGACGGAGCUGAGUUGGUCCUCCUGCCGGCAGCUUCUGUACCAGUCGAUGGCCACCAUCCUGGCACACACGGGCUUUGAGUGCGCCAACGAGAGUGUCCUGGAGACCCUGACAGACAUCGCCCAUGAGUACUGCCUCAAGUUCACCAAGCUGCUGCGCUUUGCUGUGGAUCGAGAGGCUCGGCUCGGGCACACCCCUUUCCCUGACGUCAUGGAGCAGGUCUUCCACGAAGUGGGCAUUGGCAGCGUGCUCUCGCUGCAGAAGUUCUGGCAGCACCGCAUCAAGGAUUACCACAGCUACAUGCUUCAGGUUAGCAAGCAGCUCUCUGAAGAAUACGAGAAGAUUGUCAACCCUGAAAAGGCAGCAGAAGACACAAAACCUGUGAAGAUUAAGGAGGAACCUGUUAGUGAUAUUACUUUCCCCAUAAGUGAAGAGCUGGAAGGAGAUCUGGCUUCUGGUGACCAGUCUUUGCCUGUUGGAGUUCUUGCAGCUCAAAGUGAGCGCUUCACUGCUAACUUGGAAGUAGAAGCUUCCCCACAGACUUCAGGGGCUGAGGUGAAUGCUUCCCCACUGUGGAACUUGGCACAAGUGAAAAUGGAGCCACAGGAAAAUGAGGAGGCUAAUGUACACGGCCAUGGGGUUCUAGGCAGUGAUGUCUUUGAGGAACCAAUGUCAGGAAUGAGUGAAGCUGGGAUGCCACAAAGCCCCAAUGGCUCUGAGAGCAGCUACGGUUCUCAUUCUGCUGACAGCCUGAUGGGAUCCUCACCUGUCUUCAACCAGCGCUGCAAGAAAAAGAUGAAGAAGAUGUGAAAAGGAACAGUCUUUUUAUUUAGUCCUGAUGGUGUGCAACAGACACUUGAAAGGAACUAGUGGAGUACUGUGAUGAUUCUAACACAGGGCUGGCCCUGGUGUGUGAGGGACCUGCAUAAAAUUACUAUGAGAGGUUUGA